AUGUCGACAUACAGUCUUCAUGCCGGCAAAAAUCUCAACGAAGAACUCCUGGGCAAGUACAAAGGCUAUGUUCUCAAGUGGAAGAAAGCAACGCUGCCCAAGGCUCAGGAACUGAUGCCAUCCGACACACUGGAGAAACUCGCGCAUCGCAUCACUCUGCCUCAAGACAACCUCAGCACCCAGCUCGAAGCCUCAGUGGUCGAGAACUACAAACACUUCACUAUCGAGGACGACAUCAAGUGCCCCAUUGCCCGGGAGAUGAGGUCGGCCUACGACUGCAUCAACGAUUUGCGCAUGCACGAACGUCCCAAACAGCGCAGGGGCAUCUACAAGCUACAGUGCAAGGAGCUGAUCGCGGUAAUCACCAAGCAAAACGACAAGAAACCCGCACUCCCCGACUCCAUCGCAAAGCAAAUCAGGGCUCGUCAAUACGAGCAAUUUCGCGCAGGCCUGGCAGAGCUGCUGGAGAACGACGUGGUCAUGUCGGCAGAGCACAUUGGGGUUCGCGCGGAUCUGGCGAGGAAGCUGCGAAGGUUCAGUGCGACGCUUGCCGUGCUCAACGCCCAGUGUCCUGGUGCAGAGACGCGGCGCGCUGCGAAGAAGGCGAGGACUGUUAAGAUUAAGAUGGAGGUAGAUCUCCUUCCUGGCACUUGA